AUGGCAAACCAUUUUCAAGAUCCCUUAACUACUUCCCCUAAAUCAAGCCUUAGCAAAGAAGGAGAAACGGUGAGCUUGCAAGCAGAGAGGAUUUUGAACUCCUUGGCCUUCCCCAUGGUUCUCAAAGCCGCUUUGGAGCUUGGCGUCAUUGACACAAUCGCAGCUAUAGACGAAGACGUGUGGCUCUCAUCUUCUGAGAUUGUGCUUCGUCUCCCGACCAAGCCCACUAACCCAGAGGCACCGGUUUUGUUGGAUCGGAUGCUGGUUUUACUAGUCAGUCACUCGAUCUUGAAGUACCGUUUGGUUAAAACCGGAGAAAAAGGUCAAACCGAGAGGCUAUAUGCAGCUGAACCGGUUUGCACGUUUUUUCUGAACCGUGGAGAUGGCUUGGAUUCUUUCAAGUCUAUGUUCAUGUUACUCCAAAGCGAGGUCUACUUCAAGACAUGGACCCAUCUCAAAGAUGUUAUAUUAGAAGGAAAAGAUGCAUUCACCUAUGCUUAUGGCAUGCGAGUUUUCGAAUUUAUUGUUUGUAAUGAACUGUUCGCUAAGAUGUUUAAUGGGGCAUUGUCGGAAGCUUCCGCAUUUACCAUGACAAAGGCUUUAGAAGUUUACAAAGGAUUCGAAGAUGUAAACACUUUGGUGGAUGUGGGAGGAGGAUUUGGAACCGUUUUAGGUCUAGUGACUUCCAAGUAUCCCCAUAUUAAAGCCAUCAAUUUUGAUCUACCUUCGGUUUUAGCCCAUGCUCCUCUUUAUCCAGGAGUGGAGCAUGUUUCAGGAGAUAUGUUUACAGAAAUUCCAAAAGGAGAUGCCAUCUUCAUGAAGGUGAGUAUACAUUCUACUUCAAUGUGA